CACUCCAGCACCGGCCCGCAGAGGCGGCUCCGGAGGGGCGGGGCCGCUCCUCCCUCGGGUCCGCUGCGAGCCCGCACCUCCCAAUUCCCGGAGCCGACGAGGGCUAGCGGCGGCUGCUCCGCUGGGCUCCAGGUUGGGCUGCCGGGCGCUGGGCCAGGGCGGGAGGGAGCGGGGCGACGGCUUGCGCGGAGGGCGGCGGCCUGGGCCCGCCGAGCCAUGGCGGCCCCGGAGCCGGCGCCAAGGCGAGGCCGGGAGCGCGAGCGGGAGCGGGAGGACGAGAGCGAGGACGAGAGCGACAUCCUGGAGGAGAGCCCUUGUGGCCGCUGGCAGAAGCGGCGGGAGCAGGUGAACCAAGGAAACAUGCCGGGGAUUCAGAGCACCUUUCUGGCCAUGGACACCGAAGAGGGGGUAGAAGUGGUGUGGAACGAACUCCACUUCGGGGAUAGGAAGGCCUUUUCGGCCCAUGAGGAGAAGAUCCAGACCAUGUUUGAGCAGCUGGCGCUGGUGGACCACCCCAACAUCGUCAAGCUGCACAAGUAUUGGCUGGACGCCUCUGAGGCCCGCGCGAGGGUCAUCUUCAUCACAGAAUACGUGUCGUCUGGCAGCCUCAAGCAGUUCCUCAAAAAGACCAAGAAGAAUCACAAGGCCAUGAACGCCCGGGCCUGGAAGCGUUGGUGUACGCAGAUCCUGUCGGCACUCAGUUUUUUGCACGCCUGCAGUCCCCCCAUCAUCCACGGGAAUCUGACCAGCGACACCAUCUUCAUUCAGCACAAUGGCCUCAUCAAGAUCGGCUCUGUGUGGUACCGCAUCUUCUCCAAUGCACUUCCUGAUGAUCUCCGGAGCCCCAUCCGCGCUGAGCGGGAGGAACUUCGAAACCUGCACUUUUUCCCACCAGAGUAUGGCGAGGUCAAUGAUGGGACUGCAGUGGACAUCUUCUCCUUUGGGAUGUGUGCACUGGAGAUGGCUGUACUGGAGAUCCAAGCCAAUGGGGAUACCAGGGUCACCGAGGAGGCUAUUGCUCGAGCCAGGCACUCACUGAGUGACCCCAACAUGCGGGAAGGCUUUGCAGCACCACUGAGGAGGGAGGAUGUGGAAUUCAUCCUCUCCUGCCUGGCCCGGGACCCUGCCCGCCGGCCCUCUGCCCACAACCUCCUUUUCCACCGAGUGCUCUUCGAGGUGCAUUCGCUGAAGCUGCUGGCAGCCCACUGCUUCAUCCAGCAUCAGUACCUCAUGCCGGAAAAUGUGGUAGAGGAAAAGACCAAGGCAAUGGACCUGCACGCCGUCCUGGCUGAGAUGCCCCAGCCCCAUGGACCCCCAAUGCAGUGGCGGUACUCAGAGGUCUCCUUCUUGGAGCUGGACAAAUUCCUAGAGGAUGUCAGGAAUGGGAUCUACCCACUGAUGAAUUUUGCGGCUGCCCGGCCCCUGGGACUUCCCCGUGUGUUAGCUCCACCCCCGGAGGAGGCCCAGAAGGUCAAAACCCCAACCCCAGAACCCUUUGACUCAGAGACCAGAAAGGUGGUCCAGAUGCAGUGCAACCUGGAGAGAAGCGAGGACAAAGCUCGGUGGCACCUCACUCUGCUUUUGGUGCUGGAGGACCGCCUGCAUCGGCAGCUGACCUAUGACCUGCUCCCAACUGACAGUGCCCAGGACCUUGCUGCUGAACUAGUGCAUUACGGCUUCCUGCACGAGGACGACCGGACAAAGCUAGCAGCCUUCCUGGAGACCACCUUUCUCAAGUACCGUGGGACACAGGCUUGACCUUCCCAGUCCUGGCAGCCCAGCAGGGAUACCAGGGCUCAGGGUUGUCCACUUGGCAAAGAGCGCCAUACUGCUCAGAGCUGCCUUCUGCCUGUGUUUCCUGGAGCCAAUGAACACAGGCCCUGCUAGUGAAGACACCCCCCCCCCCAGCUUUCUGCAGCAGUGUGGGUCCUGGGGUGGUGAUGGAGUCCCAAGCCUGAAUGGGAGUGGAGGAUACAGGUCAUUUAGGGGAACUUCCCCAUCUGGUAUUGGACAACAGCCAUACAUUCAGGUGACAUAGAAACCUAGGGAAGGAGCCUGAACUCAAAAGUAAUAGAGCCCCUUCAGGUGUCAAAUGCAAUAAUGGGCAUCAGGCAGACCAGACUUGGCUGGAGACUCAGAGGCUAUAGAGCUUGGAGUUGGAUCCCUGGUCCCACCCAGAGCAAUCCCAAUCCCAUGCAUACCUGUCCUGAGCCCCCUCUCACUGAUCUUCCACACACUUGAGACCAGGACCUGUGUCCUCCCCAGAGUCCUCCAGCAGGAUCAGCAGGAUCUUUCUGUUCUUCAUUCUUGAACUGCCUGUCUUCCAACUUCAAAUUUAAAGUCUUAAAUGCUUUUUAAAUGUAUGUAUAAAUCCAAUACGCUCAAGUUCCUUCUUAAACAGUUCUUCAUAUAUGAAACCAGGAAAGACACUACUGUGUUAUUAAUAGUUCCACAUUGCUGCUGUCACGUUUGUCACAAACCCAGUGGCUUGAGACAACACUAAUACAGUUCUGUACAUCAGAAGUUUGAUACAGGCUCCCACUAGAUUAAAACCCAGUCAUCUGUGACUGAACUCCUUUCUGGAAGAGGGAUAUAGAGUGGGGAUAGGGCUCAUCUCCUGCUCCUUCAAGCUACUGGUAGAAUUCACUUCCUUGCCGUGGUAAGGCAGAAAUUCCUACUUUUUUACAGCUGCCAACUAAGAACCCUUCUCAGCUUCUAGAAGCCACCAACUUUUCUUAAUUCUCCUUCCACCUUCAAGACCAGCAGCGUCAGGUUGAAUGUGUGUCAUGGACUAGCUGUCUGGUUUUCCACUGCCUGAAAGGUUGGGCCUUUUGUGAGUAGGUUGGACCCACCUAGAUAAUCUAGGAUGAUACCCCCUCAGGGCCUGUAGCUGAAUCACACCUACAGAGUACCUUUUGCUAAGGAGACUAAUCAUCCUGGGGUUUGGUGCUUAAGAGAAUGGACGUGGGCACACGCAGGGUGGGGGUGUUGCUGUGUUGCCUACCAUACCAUCUUAACCAAAACCAAAACCUAAAAUAAAGCAAAUUUGUCAUGGGACAGCUAAUAAACUGAAUGAACACUGAU